UGCUCACCUCUCCAGGCAUUGCCAGUAACACUUUCAGAGGUCCACCGUUGUCGCUCAAACCCCCGCCAUUCACCUCCAAUCUCUGAAGCGGGUCCCUCUGGUCUACCACAAUGACGGAAUCCCCGGGCUCCCCCCUCUCCUCCAUUGCUUCCGACGACAUGUCGGAUCGCGAGGACCUGAAGCAAGGCUUCUCCCCCUCUGGCUCCAACAUGCCUCCCUCAAAGCGUCGUCGUACUGGCGUCGCCUCCUGGGAUCGCAAUACCCCCGUCUCCACCACUUUCCAGGAUGACAUCCCUCCACCUUCGCCCUCGACCUCCGUUUCGUCCGAUACCUCCGGCGACAUUCCCAACUCCCCAAACACCCUCGCCCUCAUCGGCGGCAGCCAGGAUGACGACUACAGCGGCCAGGGCAACGACCAAGUCACCAUCUGUCGCUGGGAUGGAUGCGACGCCGGCGAUUUAGGCAACAUGGACGGUCUGGUGAAACACAUACAUGAAGAACAUGUCGGGAGCCGACAGAAGAAAUACUCCUGUGAAUGGUCUGAUUGUAGUCGAAAGGGCCAAACACAUGCCAGUGGUUACGCGCUGCGCGCACACAUGAGGAGCCAUACACGCGAAAAACCAUUCUAUUGCGCUCUCCCAGAAUGUGAUCGCAGUUUCACUCGAUCAGAUGCACUCGCAAAGCAUAUGAGAACCGUUCACGAAACUGAGGCGCUGCGGCCAUCGGACCCCGUGCCUAAACAUCAUAAUAUCGCUGCCUCGGCAGCGGGAACUCCGACCGCGACACCAGCUGGCAAGGUCCGAAUCAAGCUGAAGCUGUCAUACCCGUCUAAAGACGAUGCAGGAGAUCACAGUGAAAGCGCCAAUGACGACCCUGCGGGAACGGAAGAGGAUCUCCUGGUCGCGCCCGGUGGCUUGGAGAAAGAAUUCGACACCUACGAGAUGCUACUUGAAGGACCACAACUGUACCGGUUGCUUCUUCGGCAAAUCCAUUGGGCACAGCAGGAGGGUGUGGAGCUACGUGAUGCCUGGGACAAGGUUUGCAUCAAACGCAAGGAGUCGUGGAUGGAGAAAGAAGCUAUCUUCGAUGAUUUGGUAGAGGCUGAGCUGCGACUGUUCCGAGCCAUUGUAGGCCCGGAUGGCGGAUACGGCGUUCCAAAUCCUGUCCCUGCCAAUGGGAAGGCCACUUCACACCAGCCGGAGCAACGGCAGUCAGAAGCAGAGAUGGAUCUUGGACAGGAUCCUGAGUCCGGGUCUGUCCCGCUAUGACGCGAUUAUUAUCAUUUAGCCUAUCGCGGUCUUGUUCCCUUCCUCUGUACCACCUUCUCCUUUGGGUUUGGUAAUGACUUUGACACUUUUAUCGAGCAAUGUCUCUGCUGCAACAGACAUGCCGUCUAACGCGUCCACUUUGGCACCCAUCAUUCUUCUCCUUGGCCCUUCCUUUCUAAAAAUCUCUUCCUCUCCCUGUUCCCCUACUCGAACUCUUUAUUCAUCACAUCAUGGGCCAUGGAUCCACUUCCGGUUAAUUCGUCUGCUUUCGUCUCGCAAAAUAUCCUGGACUUUGUUAUACUAGUGUGUACCUUAUGAAAUGGGAUUGGCGCUACAUCGUUUCCUUCAGCUGUCCAUACCAAUUAUGCAGGGUCCCUGCCUUUUUUAAAAAAUAGCUUAUAGCCAUAGAAGCUUUGGCAGUAAAGUCUC